AUGGCGCAGGCCCGUGUGCUCCUGCUCCUCUCGGGGCGCCCGGAGCCCCCGAGCUUCGCGCGGAGUGUGUGCGGCCUCCUGGGCCUGGGGCCCGGCCCGGGGCCCUGGCGGGUCUACUGCGGCCUGGAGCGGGGGCGGCUGCUGCUCUCGGACCGCUCCUUCUCGGGCGCCACGGCGCAGCUCCCGCUGCAGCGCCCCAGGUUCUGCCCCUUCUCGGCCCUGGAGCAGCGGCCCCCGGCAGCUGCGGGGCCGAAGCAGCCGCCCGACCGGGGAGUGGACUUGGGGGUGGCUGUCCUCCUGCAGUCCCGUGACCAGAGCGUGCUCCUGACCCGGAGGGCCUCGAGCAUGCACACGGCCCCCAACCUCUGGGUCCCUCCAGGUGGACACGUGGAACUGGAUGAGGAGCUGCUGGAUGGGGGGCUUCGGGAGCUGUGGGAGGAGACAGGUCUGCAGCUGCCCCAAGGCCAGUACUCCUGGUUCCCUCUGGGACUAUGGGAGUCUGCCUAUCCGCCCAUGCUGAACCAAGGCUACCCCAGAUACCACCACAUCGUUCUCUACAUACUGGUGACUUCCCAGGAAACAGAGCAACAGCUACAGGAACGGAUCCAACCAAACCGGGAAGAGGUCAGUGCCUAUGCCUGGCUGAAGCCCGAUGUAUUGGCGGCCGUGGCAGCCUCUGAAGAUGGACCAGAGAUGACUGAACCUCUCCCUCAAUACCUGCCACCCUUUGUUCAGGUCAUGGAGCUUCAGGGAGAUGUGGCCCAAAGCCUGGACCUGCCUUUGUCUACCCUGCUCCGGACGUCUCUGAACACGAGGGAGAGUGAGGAGAGGGUCAGUAUGGGAACUAAAUUUGCCCUUGGUCUAUGGCUACAGCAUCUGAAGAGGUAAGGGAAGAGGUCCUCAAAGUAUCACACACACCCCUCCCCAAAGCCAGAAUCAGAAUGAAACUGGACAUCAGAUGCCAACCCACCUCAGCACCACCAAAGGAGGCAAAGGCUUCAUCUUUCAAAUACAGACAUCAAGAAAGCCAAAUAGAUGAGGCACUCUCCAUUUCCCCACAGACAUACAUAGGAUUCACAACCUUUAUUGUCGUUGAGAACAUUGCUACAACUUUGGAAAUAUGAAAUUAAAUUAAAACAAAGGUCAUAAAAGAGGGAAGGGUGAAUCUGGGGGAGGGGGGACUGAAUGUCUCCCCCCCCAAAGGUGCAGAAUGAGUUCCAUGACCAUAACUGUUAAGACUAUGGAUCCCACUGGAAACUCAGACCCCAGGAUAGGGAGGCCUUGGGGAAUCAUCAUCAACUUAAAUAUAUAUAUAUAUUUAUUUAUAUAUAUAUAAAUAGAGAACCAGGCAACAGGACAAAACCCUACCUCCUCUCCCAUCCCAAACCUUAGAGAGGCAGAGAAGGUAGAUCUCCUGAUCUCAUCCUCAGUCAGACUGAGAAAGGAGCAAAGGUCAUCUUUGGAGUUUUUUGGUUUUUCUCAUUUAUGUACAAAAAGCUGCAACUGAAAAUAGAGAUCUCAGGCCCUA